AUGGCCAGCAGCCCUUUGCCAGGCGCCACCGACCUCCUCCUGUCCGCCUCGUCCAACACCUUCCCGUCGGACUCGCUGAGCCAGGGGCCGCCCCCUCCGCCUCCACGCGGCGGCCCUCCUCACCCGGGCGCCAUGAAGCCCAACCAGGUGGGCCAGGUGAUCCUCUACGGCAUCCCCAUCGUGUCUCUGGUGAUCGACGGGCAGGAGCGGCUGUGCCUGGCGCAGAUCUCCAACACGCUGCUGAAGAACUUCAGCUACAACGAGAUCCACAACCGCCGCGUGGCGUUGGGCAUCACGUGCGUGCAGUGCACCCCGGUGCAGCUGGAGAUCCUGCGCAGGGCGGGCGCCAUGCCCAUCUCGUCGAGGCGCUGCGGCAUGAUCACCAAGAGGGAAGCCGAGCGGCUCUGCAAGUCCUUCCUGGGGGAGAACCGGCCGCCCAAGCUGCCCGACAACUUCGCCUUCGACGUGUCGCACGAGUGCGCCUGGGGCUGCCGGGGCAGCUUCAUCCCCGCGCGCUACAACAGCUCCCGGGCCAAGUGCAUCAAAUGCAGCUACUGCAGCAUGUACUUCUCGCCCAACAAGUUCAUCUUCCACUCGCACCGCACCCCCGACGCCAAGUACACGCAGCCCGACGCCGCCAACUUCAACUCCUGGCGGCGCCACCUCAAGCUGACCGACAAGACCCCGCAGGACGAGCUGGUCUUCGCCUGGGAGGACGUCAAGGCCAUGUUCAACGGCGGCAGCCGAAAGAGGGCCCUCCCGCAGGCCUCGCACGCCCACCAUCCUGGAGGGGGCGGCGGCGGAGGAGGCUCCGGCCCUCACUGUCACCCUUUGGGCGCCGUCAAGGCGGCGGUGGUGGGCGUCGGAGGAGGCCUGCUCAGCCCGCACCUGCUGGGCGCGCCGCCGCCGCCGCCCCCUGACCUGCACCAGAAGCGCGGCCGCUUCGACGACGAGGAGGAGCUGCAGGAAGCGGUGGCGGCGGCCGCGGCGGCUGCAGCGGCCGUUGCGCACGGCGGCGCCGGCAAAGCGCAAAGGAACUACCCGGUCAUCCCGGUGCCCAGCAAGGGCUCCUCCUUCGGGGGCGUCCUGCAGAAGUUCCCCGGCUGCGGGGGCCUCUUCCCGCACCCGUACGGCUUCCCCGCCGCCGCCUUCAGCCUCUGCCACAAGAAAGAGGACUCGGAGGGGCUGGGCGUCGGGGCGCAAGGCGGACCCGCGGGACACAAAGCGGCAGGGGCCGCCCCGACGGCAGGAGCGGGCCUGUCGGGGCUCUUCUGGCCCGGGACUAGGAAGGACGCGGCGGCGGCGGCCGCAGCCUUCUACCCGCCUUUCUGCAUGUUUUGGCCGCCGCGCACCCCGGGGGCGCUCCCGGGGCUGCCCACGUACUUGCAGCCCGCGCCGCAGCCGCCCACUUGCACCGCCCUGGGCGGGGAGAGCCCCAGCUUGCUGCGCCAAGCCUUCCUGGACCUCGCGGACCCCGGCAGCGAAGGGGGAGCCGCCGGGCUGGGCACGCCGCCCGCCGCUGCCGCCCCACAAGCGAGCGGAGGAGGCGGCAGCGGCAGCAGCAGGGACCCACGGGCUUUCGACGGCAGCGAGGCGGCAUGUUCUCCCGCGGCUGAAGGAGGCGGCGGCGGAGGGUCGCGGGGCUCGGCGCCUCACCAGCCCCACCUGCUGGACGGGCAGCCGCGGGGCAAAUCCGGCGCGUCGUACCACCACUCCAGCGCCUUCCGUCCAGUGGGGGGCAAAGAGGACUCGGAAAGCCUAGCCAAGCUGCACCACCACCACCCGGCGCCGCGCUCCUCGUCCUCGCCGCCGCCCCUCUUGCUGCUGCCGCCCCCCGAGCGGGAGGCAGGGGGCUGCGAACGCCCCCUCCAGGCCCCCGGCCACCGCCUGCUCUCCCCGGGGGGCACCAGCUGCAGCUACCCCAGCGAGGAGAGCAGCGAGGAGGAAGAGGAGGAGGAGGAAGAGGACGAAGAAGAAGAGCCGGAGGUGGACGUGGAGAGCCACAAACUGCCGGAGGAGGAGGAAGUGGAGGAAGAAGCGGAGGAGGAAGAGGAAGACGAGCAGGAUGUGGUGGACCCCGUCGGGGGAGCCGGCCGCUACCUGCAGAGCCGCGGGCUGACGGACAAGGGCUCCUCCCGGGACAGGCCGAGCGGGGCAGCCUCUGCAGUGGCCGCCGCCCCGACGGGGCCUUACCCCGCGGCCUCCUGCCGGCCGGCUCCAGAGGAGGAGAAGUCGGGGGCGCCCCACGCCGAGCAGCUGCUGCUGCCGCCUCCCCCUCCCCCUCCUCCGGCUCUUCCUCUGCCCACCUGCCCCCCGAAAGGAGGAGGAAGCAGCGGCGGGAGCAGCCCAGCGCCCCAUCCAUCAGCCGAGGAGCAGGCGCCGCAGCCCCCUUACAAAGAUAUCCAGAAAGGCAAGGAAGGGAACCAGGUUGCCGCGUCGGCGAAGGAAGACAACAGCUUCUCAGAGAAGAGCAAGGAACACAAUUUUUUCAUCACAGACGCCGAACAUCCAGGAGGGGAUUUCUGGAGAAAUAUUGCAGGCGAACCCAUACAGGAAACCAAUUCACCUCAUUCUCUGAAAAAGGAUGUCGAAAACAUGGGAAAAGAAGAACUUCAGAAGGUCUUGUUUGAGCAGAUAGACUUGCGGCGGAGGCUAGAACAGGAAUUCCAGGUCCUGAAAGGAACCGCCUCUUUCCCUGUAUUCAAUAAUUUUCAAGACCAGAUGAAGCGGGAGUUGGCCUACAGAGAAGAAAUGGUUCAACAGUUACAAAUUAUUCCCUAUGCAGCAAGCUUGAUCAGGAAAGAAAAACUCGGCACGCAUCUCAGCAAAAGCUAA